GAUCUUCAAGGCAUAGCAAGCAGCACUAGCACUGCAAAUGAUUGGGUACAAAAAAACAUAAAAGCCUACUCACCUAAUGUCAAAUUCAAGUACAUCGCCGUGGGCAAUGAAGUAAAUCCCCCCGCCGACGGCAAUGUUCAGUUUGUUCUCCCUGCAAUGAAAAACAUACAAAGUGCAAUUGCAUCAUCUGGCCUACAAAUCAAAGUGUCCACAGCUGUUUAUUUUGGACUCCUUGAAAACACUUACCCUCCAUCCCAAGCUUCCUUCAAGGGCGACGUGAAGUCGUUUAUAGACCCAAUUAUAAGCUUCCUUGCUAGCAAUGGUGCACCAUUACUUGCUAAUGUGUAUCCUUAUUUCAGUUACAAAGAUGACCAAAAGGACAUCCAGCUUUCCUAUGCCUUGUUUACCUCUCCAUCAGUUGUGGUUCAAGAUGGUGGACUAGGGUACCAAAACCUUUUUGAUGCUAUGGUGGAUGCUAUCUACUCAGCUCUUGAGAAGGAUGGUGGUGGUUCUGUUGAGAUUGUUGUAUCAGAAAGUGGUUGGCCAACUGAAGGAGAUGUGGGGACUUCUGUUCAAAAUGCACAAACUUACAAUUCAAAGCUGAUUGAACAUGUCAAGAAUGGAACUCCCAAGAGGCAAGGAAGAGCUAUAGAGACUUAUAUCUUUGCCAUGUUUGAUGAGAACCAAAAGACUCCAGAGCUGGAGAAACACUGGGGGCUUUUCUCUCCUAACAAACAACCCAAAUAUCAAAUUAGUUUCUCUUAAAAGGGUGUCUUUUUAAUUUCUGUGCCUUUAAUUUCAUCAUAAAAUAAGAGUUAUGGUACUCAUGUUUGUCUCUUUAACAGAUGUUCAAAAACCUCUAGUAAAAUAAUACUCUCCUACUGUUCCAAUUAUUUAUCUAUAGGGAAGAAGUGGUUAACGUAUCUUCAAAGCAAAUCUCUCAAUUUAGAGAGUUUUACAUA